AUGGAGGGGACUGCGGAAUCCCAGACGCCUGACCUGCGAGAUGUGGAGGGCAAGGUGGGCAGGAAGACCCCUGAAGGGCUGCUCCGCGGGCUGCGAGGCGAAUGGGAGCCGGGAACCCCCGGCGCCCUGCUGCUCCCGGGGGCGCCUGGCACCGGCCACGGCCACGGCCUGGGGGACAAGAUCAUGGCGCUGAGGAUGGAGCUGGCUUACCUGCGAGCCAUCGAUGUGAAGAUCCUGCAGCAGCUGUUGACCUUGAAUGAGGGCCUCGAGGCUGUGCGCUGGCUGUUGGAGGAGAGGGGGACACUGACCAGCCACUGCGGCAGCCUCACCAGCAGCCAAUGUAGCCUGACGGGCGGGAGCCCAGGCCACUCAAGGAGAGGAAGCUGGGACAGCCUGCCUGACACCAGCUCCACUGACCGGCUGGACAGCCUCUCCGUUGGCAGCUUCCUAGACACGGUGGCCCCCAGCGAGCUGGAUGAACAGGGACCCCCUGGGGCUCCCCGUCCUGAGAUGGACUGGGCAAAGGGUAUACCCAGUGUGGACAGGGCCAGGACUGAGGUGGACCUGACAGCCAGCAGGCUAGGGAGCUUGAGGGCUGUAUGGAAGCCCCCAGGGGAGGGGCUCCAAGGUGGACCUCCUGAACCACUAGAGGAUGAAAGUGCCAAACUGGGCUUUGAGGCCCACUGGUACUGGCAGUGCCAGGAUGAUGUGACCUUCUUAUAA